CGAAUUUCUUUGAAAGAAUAAUACAAAAUCUUUAGUAAACAAAUAUUAAAAAUUUUAGAGAGGAAAUUUAUUUCGGAUACUUUUUAAAAUCUUUCCAUUAAGCUAUGCUGCGUUCCUGCUGCUGCCGUUUUACGAAAACUAGAAGCAGCAUGGUUAUGUUGAAAACAAUUCGAAUGUUUACGGACUUCUAUGACAAAGGCAAAGCAGAAGAAAACAUUUUCUUCCUGAAGGAGCAAAGAGAAAAGCUUCGAGAGCUGCGCAAAAAAAUGCGUGAAAUGGAGGGCACACUCGAAAAAAGUAUCAAAGCUCUAGAGGAAGUAGACGAAAAUAUGAAGUCCAAAAAGAAAGAACCGAAGAAAAAAAAUAAAUGAAAUUAAAAUUUGGCACUUGGUCAAUUUUUAGAAAACGAAAGCCUUGAAACUAAUUUUUUACCGUGAAUUUUGUAAAUUGCUGACCACCGAUACAACAAGAGUAUUCCGAUUAAAUGUUUCUUCUUUUUCUACUCGCCGAGAACCUUUCACCUAGCGGCAACCAAGGUCUAAAGGUUUAGAAACUCCAGGUGUUACAUACUGCUGUAGAAUUAUCACAUUAAUAUGAGGGAUUAUGAGGUCAAACUGUCUUAUUAUCCUUAGAGUCAAUUUACUGACGCUUAAAGUUGCCAGAAUCUGAUGACAUUGCUUGUUGAGAUCGAAUACACAGGACCUGGUUUCAAUACUAAUUACAGACAAAAAUAAAAAUAUUAGCUUGUUGGAGAACCUCUAGUUUGAUUCUACCACGUAAACUCAGUUCAAAAAAUCCUUUGGGAUAUAGUUUCAGAUAUAGUAGACCUCUUUAUAUGACCUAAAAAUCUUUGGCAGUUAAGGCAAUUAAUCAAAGCGUUAGAAAUAUAGAACAGCGCUCACCGAAUACAAGAGA